AUGACAUCACCAGAAGAUGCAGCCCCGGUCAAGCCUCCGCCAUCCUUCUCAGGAGCCCCCAUUGUCGUGCCGAAGUCGAGAUUCGAUGCGGACUCAGUGCAAAGCUCUUCUCGACCUCUCAGCUCAGAGAUACGAGAUUCGUCAGUUAUAGGUUCCCCCAGAACCUCGUUCGCUACACGAAGCGAAUCUCAGUCUCGCUCCGCAUCUCCCAGUAACCGACUGUCAGGCUCUACAUCUCUUCCCCAGAGAUUAUCGCUCGGUUCACCGCUGGGCAGCUUCCCAGACAGCUCUGACAACACCCGGUCUUUAAUAAUACGUUCUUUUGCUCCCUCGAUUGGCAUCUUCGCCUCCGAUGACACAGAAGAUCUGAUUAGACAAAAGGGGUUCAAGAAUGGCCUCAGGGAGCUUCUAAGGCCAUUCGGUGAAAAUAUCACGGGAAAAGUCGUCAUCAGAGAUAGCGGUGGAAUGAGUCGCACUUGGGAAGACUAUGGCGUCCGUUUCGUGAACCUAUCCCCAAGCAAUAGCCGAGGAGGUCCUACCCCUCCCGCAUCACCCCUACUGCAGCUUGAAGAGGUACUGCAAAGAAGGCUCGAUUCUGCGGACGAGUCUUCGAACAGAUUGUCCCGCCACAGUCAAGUACCGCUCUCGAAUAAAUACAUUGCUUCCCCCUUAUAUCAACUACUUCUGCGCCGAAUCCUGUCCAUAGACCAACCUACACCCCAUGAAACAUUCUUACAUCCGGUAGCCUGCGUCAUCGCUAUCAGUUCGCAUAACAAGGCUCCGCUCGAGUCGCUGCGGCAACUCUAUGCUCAGACUACCCAAGGCGAUACAGCGCCGCCACCUUACGUGCACCCUGAAUUCCUCCGAUACUAUGUUCUAGUGCACGACGAAGAUCGAAGCGACAUCGUGGAGUCCACCAAGCUGUACGAUCAGAUGAAGCGACAUUUUGGUUUGCAUUGUCACCUUCUUAGGCUUCGAAGUGAUCAAUGCGUGGUCACGGAUGAUGAUAGUGUUGAAGUACCAUCAUGCGAAUGGUUGUCACCUGAUGAAGAUCUUUCGAGCAUGAACGAAAAUAAUGCGUUAAUAGAUUUUGGCACUGGGACUCACUAUCUAUCCGAGAGUGACAUAUCGGCUAUAAAUUCUCUAGUGCGCGAACUAGUGGUCCAAUCUGUUAUACCUUUUAUGGAAAAUAAAGUUGCGCUUUGGAAUGACCAAGUGGCAUCGAAGCGACGAGGGAUCAGCGGAAGAUUCAUGUCCAUGUCCAGAAGGUGGACUGGCUUUGGCUCGAGCUCAAAGUCGGCCUCUUCUGGUUCGUCUUCCGGUAUGACUGGAAACUACAACACAUUAUACGGCUUCUAUGGACACGACGUACCGGAAGCGAUCCUUCGAAAGCUUGCUGAUUUUGCGUUCAUGCUCCGGGACUAUAAGCUUGCUGCAUCUACAUAUGACUUGGUUCGUUCGGAUUAUGCGAAUGAUAAGGCCUGGAAGUAUCACGCAGGUGCUCAUGAGAUGUGUGCAAUGAGCACGCUGCUUAAUCCUCUGACCUCAACCGCGAGGAGUAAACUCGAGGCAGUUGAUCAAAUGAUUGAUACUGCAUGUUAUUCCUAUCUCACGAGGUGUUCUGAUACAGUGAAUUCCCUGCGCUGUCUUGGACUUUCCCUAGAACUACUCAAGUCUAGAGGCGGAUCUGCGACUGAAGGGGCGGCGAAAUGGGCGAUGCGUGCAAUAGAACUGGGGCUUGCUGGUCCAAUUGGGCAAGCACUUCUUACCGAACGUGUCUCUGCUUGUUACGCCUCCAAAACGACGACCGGCGGUGCACAGUGGGGAGCACGACACAGAAAAGCAGCUAUGUGGAGUGUACUUGCUACUGACAAUUGGCUGAGACUGGGCAAACCUGCACUUGCCUCUGUUUGUUUGGAGGAUGCGGAUGGCCUGUAUGCUGAGAUAUAUGACAAAGACGGCGUUGUCCCUAUGCCUGAGAUGCGGACGUUCAUUGAGAAUCUACAGCGAGCUGUCAAGCUUGAGUAUCUGGAAGCGAAGGGUGUUGAUACUACUGAUGAAGUGGUAAUGGAUCAAGAGUUAGGGACUGAAGAGACCAGUGAGAAGCUGGAUCACAGAACGAAUCGCAAAUCAUUGAUAAUGACAUCCGGUCCUCUGGAUACCGGCCCUCUUGGCCCUAUGCAGCAUGAAGGGAACAGCUUCAAACCGCUUGAUGAUGAUUUUGAAUGAGAAUGGGGAGUUUAGCGCCAUACAAUUCCAUAUACCACGAUUAUAGAUAGAUCACGGGCUUUUAUGAGUUUAUAAUA